CACUUGUCAUUCAUAAUUUAAUCAGCAAGUUUCUGGGCGGAUGUUGCUGUAAUUUGUACAACGCGUUGUCAAGUAGUGAAAUAGUUUUCUUGUCGAUUAAAUUAUUUCCCAACUACUACUGUGUUAAUUUUCACAAGAGUUAUCAAUCUCUCAGUAUUCCAAUAUACAUAUAUAGGUUUUGACUUGAAAUAUAUUGUAGUUUUCAGAAUGAGGGAUAAUGAUCGAGACUCUCCUGCUUCGGGAACUAAAAGAAGCAGGAGUAAAAGUUCAAAUAGCAGCACCAGCAGAAAAAGCAGGAGUCGCAGCAGGUCUAGCGCUUCAAGAUCUCGUUCAAGAAGCGGCAGCAGUGAAAUUGAUGGUUACAGAUUACAUAUUGCCGAUAUAGGUGAUGAAAUCAGGAGAUCUGAUUUAGAAAAAGUUUUUUCACAAUAUGGACCAUUGAAAGAGGUCUGGAUGACCAAUAGCACUCCCUGUUUUGGAUUCGCAGUGUUCAAGGAUAAAAAACAUGCUGCAACUGCUUUGAAAGCAUGCGAUGGAAUGGAGGUUUCCGGAUGUAGAAUCCGCGUCAGUUAUGCCAGACCCCGAACCAGGGGUUCUGGCAGGCGUUUUUAUAAUACCAACAUGCGUUGUUACCAAUGCGGAUAUAGCGGACACUUUUAUAGAGACUGUCCGGAAGUAAACGGGCGCAGCGAAAAGAGAGAGAGGGGAGACAGAGAAACAGACCGUUACGGUCGUACCCGAAGCUACAGAGAGCGAGACGACAGAGAAGGCAGGAGGUCUCACCGAUCAGGGAGGAGCAGUCGUUACGAUGAAAACAGACCAAGGCGCAGCGGCGGUGGUAGUAGUAGACGCCGCUAUUGAUUUUCUAAAUGAUGAAUGUUCCCAAAUAUUCGAUAAAAUACAUUUGUUCUAAGGUGUUCAGGUAGUUUUGUAUAUUGUUUAUAGGGUGUUUACUAACGGAUACUUUUGGCGUUAAAUGCCAUUUCAGUGCCUUUUUUUUUAGUGAAAUACCUUUCCUGAUAAAUUUGAAUUUAAUACACACAAAGGAUGAUUGAUCUGGAUUUUGUUAUAGUUUGAAGAAAAGCAACACGUCAAACAAAGAAAAUUGUGGUAAGAGUUAAAGUUAUUGACUUUCUUGGGAAUUUGCAAAGUGUGGAACUCUGCAAAAAUGAAAAACUGUAAAGAGUACUCGUCGUAGGGUUUCAGAGAUAAAAUCACCUUUCACCAUGAAAAUAAUAAAUCCCAGCUACAUUUCUAAAAAUGCAUAAUCUUAUUCUUAAAUUUCUUCAAUGGUUGUAGGGAAUUUGAAUUAUAAAAUAUGUUGGAAGUUGGCUUUUGAAUAAUGUAUGUAUUACAAAAUGUUCCUGAAUAUCUUUUUCGAAAACAGGUACACAGGAAUUAAUUUUCUAAAAGUUAUUCAAUAACUUUGACAUGAUUUAUGUUUUCUUUUGACAUCUGUUGAAAAAAAAUUUGAAAGAGAUUACAAACUUUCAGAAGAGAAUGGAGAAAACUUUGAUAGACAUAAUUGGUUACUAUCAAGUAGUACAUUUGCUCUUUGAAAUGAAUUUAUUAAAUUCACAUAUUAGAGUGAAAUAGAACACCCUUAUAAAAUUUUUCCUUUAUAAUUUUUAUUUUUUCAAAAGUAAGAAUUCUCAAAAAGUCAAUAAAACCCCUGAUUUUUUUCAAAAAAUUCUUUUCAUCAAUAAAAAGUAAAACUGGAACCUCUGACUUAGAAUGAAUCUAAAACAAGCAGUUUUCCCAAUCACCAGAAACGCAAUACUUUUCUCAAUGUGCGUUUCACCAACCAAGUUGUCGUUUUCAGUUGAUGAGGAAAACUAGGAGUUUUCUCUCUAGAAAUAGUAAAUUAGGAGUUUUUUCAUCUCCUGAGGACGUCAAGUUGGUUAAAAGCGCGUCGAGAAAAGUAUUUCAGUUCUGGUGAUUGGAAAAUGUGCUUGUUUUGGAUUCUCUUCUGGAAUCAGAGUUGCUCAUCUUUCACAACAACUAAACUUUUUUGUAAAUUCAAUGUUUUUAUAUGUUUCUAUGGUUCUGCUACUUUGCAGUUGGUAGGUAAGAAAAAAGGUACUACAAAAAUGCAGUCGAUUUGUUAGAUAAGUGAGUACAAAGUUUACAUAUUCAAAAAUUGAUAAGAGUUGAAAGUAUUCCUUGGAAACACAAUUUUAGUCUAUGACUUUAUGUACACCUACUAUAUCAUUCACUGAGUUUAUGAGACCAAAUAUACUUUGAAUGACUA